AAACUUCAUUACUUCAAUUAGCUGCGUUCCUUAACCACCUCAUCUCUGAACAACACAAGAAAAGCGGAUAUAGACAUAUUGUUUUUUAAUCGCUGCGCAAAAGUGGGAAGCGAGUCGAUGAUACAAUUAUUAGGCAAUUUGGAAACAAUUAAUGGCUUCAACCUUGACCGUUUUGGUCCAGGCAAAGGAGCCAGACGUAACCUCCAUCCGAGGGAACAAGAGAGAGUUGCCGACUACGUCUUUCGCUUGGGUGCCGGGUCAGCUUAUGUUGAGCAUAUAGCGUGGAUAAAUUUUUAUGAUUUUGGCUUGCCGAAGCCGAUCUAUAUAAAUUUAGUGCGCGAUCCAGUCGAACGGGUGAUCAGUUGGUAUUUCUAUGCACGCAACGCGUACAAAAAUGCCUGGGUAUUUCGCAAAAACCCAAAUGCAAAUCUUAAGUCGGCUGUAUGGUUUAAAAAGGAUUUCAACGAAUGUGUGCGCAGUGGAGAUCCUGAAUGUCAAUACGUGCCAUACACUUUUGUGGACAGUACAGGGAAUUUCAAAAGGCAAUCGCUGUUCUUUUGUGGUCAGAAUUUAGAUUGCUUGCCUUUCGAUUCUCCAUAUGCUAUACAGAUAGCCAAGGAUCGUGUGGAACGUGACUACGCCGUUGUCGGUUCGUGGGAGGAGACAAACGUCACUUUAACGGUUUUGGAGAAUUAUAUUCCACUUUUCUUCAGCGGAGCAAAACGCGUUUAUUACUUAAAUAAGGAGAGUCUCGAAAAUCGCAAUCGUAAUAAUCGGAAACCAUAUGUGGCAGAAGAUGUGAAGCAGAUGAUACGUAGGAAUUUUACAAAUGAAUACGAUUUUUAUCACUUUUGUAAGCAGCGGCUCUUCAAGCAAUAUCUAGCUCUUAAUCACAAGGAGUUUCCUAUUAAUUAAAAUUAUAUUUAGACUAGAUGAAAUUUCGUUAUAAGAAAAAAAAAUAAUAUUUAAAAUAUGUUGUUGUUUUUGUAAAUUUUUUUUUUGUAAUCUUCAUCUCACAGGCC